AUGUCCGGCUCCGUCGAAGGCGCCCCCUUCACCUACAAGUUCGACGUCAGCAUGAUGUGCGGCGGCUGCUCCAACGCUGUUAACAAGGUCCUCAAGAGACUCGAAGAAAACGAAACACAGGUCAAAUCCUACACAGUCCUCCUCGAUAUCGAAAAGGAUAUCCACGAGGCCAACGUCACCACCGAUGACGAGUCCCCUCUCCUCUACCAAAAGAUCCUCCAGACAAUCAAAAAGACUGGCAAGGCGGUCAACUCCUGCGUGGAAUUCGACAAAAAUGGGAACAAGGUUCGUGACAUGCCUGUUAAGGACGAGUAA